UCUCAAUCUAGUCGGUCCCCCUCUGAACUUCACCCCCAUCAUAUCCCAACGAUACCCAGCUCCAUCCACAACCAACCUAUACAGUUCCUUAUCUGAACUAGCCUAGUGAACCACACACAACCAUGCUGACCCUAAGGGACCUCAACCUGACGAAGGACCAGAUCCAAAAGCUCCAGCAGAUGCUGAAGGAGGAGAGCCGGGAUGAUUCCAAGGAGUCCUCGGCCAAGGACGAGCCGCAGCCGAGUCCGUCGAAGGGUGAGGCCAUAGCCCAGGCCCUGGGGAAUGUGCAGGUCUACGUGGAGGUCGGCAGGCCAGAGGCCUUCGUGCAGCUGAAGCAGCCUCUGCUGCACAAGUUCGAGGUGACGCCCAAGGGAGUGGCCACCGGUUGCUCGGAGUCGGACAAGUUCAACCGGGCGGACUCGGGGGAAAUCGCCCGCUGGCAGACGGACAAGGUGAUCAACCUGGAUCUCGUCUCCCGAAAGGAUGCCGAGCAAUUCGGCAAGAUUCAGACGGACGCACGCACCGGGGAGACGUACAUGAUAGUGCCCAUGGACAUCAACAUACUGGUCGACAAGACCACCCUGACGCCCGACGAGGCCACGAAGACCAUCAGCGAGUACGAUGCCUACAAGGAGGAGACGGGGCCGGGGCGGACCUUCUACCUCUACCACGAGCUCGAGGGGCAUCCCUGCAAGCUGCCACAGGCGGCUCUGGACCAGAAUCCGCACACCAGCCAGGUCGAGCCCGUUCCGCCGGAGAACCGCGUCGACUGGGACUACCACAUGCACGACUUCGAGGUGCCGCCCCUCAGUUUUCCCUUCGAGCUCUCCUUCGACCCGGACAUGGAUCGCCUGGAGGGCGGCGAGGCGGAAACGGAAAUGGAUAUGGAGCAGGAUUCGGAGAAUCCGGAUCAGCACAUGGCACUCGCACCUGAAGACAUCAAUGAGCUCGAGGAGUUUCUCGAGGAUAUGGAGCUCUAAGAGGCGACCUGUUUACCACAAGUGUUAUGACUAGACUAACUCCCUUUUAAACCACUCGAAGUCAACGUUCGGUCCAACUAUCUAACCAAAUCCGUGCCUUAAAUCUGCCCUGUUCCCAAUACCCUAAAAUUGUGUAGGUUCAAGAUCCAUUACAUCUAAUGCUACUA